AUGAAUGAAAAAAUUCCAAGAGAGCUUAUCUUGGAAAUCUUUUCAAGAAUACCCGUAAAGUGGCUUUUCCAAUUAAGGUGUGUAUGUAAACAGUGGUGCAACUUCAUUGACGACCCUUGUCUUCCCAACAUGCACUUAGCUCAAGCCACUACUCGUGAAGAAGCUCUGAUUCUAGCCCAUUGGUUUCAUGUCAGACAUAGAACAAGCAGCUUGCGGUUGAUGAAAGAACAUGACAGGUCUCCCAAGGCCAUUGUUGAGUUUCCCAAUAGAGGGAGGUACGAAUUGGAGAAUUCCUGCCACGGUUUACUUUGCUUUGUAAAAUGUGGCAAAGAGGAGGAAGCCCUUGUAUCUAAUCCUCUUAGAGGAGAGCUUCUCAUGCUGCCAGAGUCCACAGUCAUGUCCCGUUGGCCACACUUGGACAGGUAUGGAUUGGGGUUUGAUUCUUCGAUUAAAAAGUAUAAGAUUGUUCACGUAUUUUUUCGGGAUUUUGAUUGGGCCAAGCGAGGAUAUCGGUUGGGUGCUGAGGUAUACACUGUGGGAACCACAAGCUCAUGGAGAGAGAUUAGCCAAAUUCCUUGUUAUCCUCUUUAUAAAAGGGCUGUAUAUGCAAGUGGUGCAUUGCAUUGGCUGGUUAACUAUGAAUUCAAUCCUGAUAAUUUGAAGAGCAUGGUGAUUUCUUUUAACAUCAAAGACGAGGAAUUUAACUCAAUCCCUCAUCAAGAAUUCCCCUCAAAAGUUUCUAAGUGGUUUGAGUUGGUCGACCUGAGAGGCUAUCUGGGUAUGGUUGAUUUUUCAUUGGGUACACACAUUGAGAUAUGGAAGUUGAAGGAUUAUGAGAAGAAAGAGUGGGUGAGAGAAUAUAGAAUUGACAUAAAACCACCACAUGGAGUGUCUAUCAGUCAAUACAUUGAAGUAGUUGGUCUAAUGGGAGAUGGUGAAAUAUUGCUGGAACGCUAUAAGAAGUUGGUGGCUUACAAUCCAAAGACCAAUGGUCUGAGACGCAUACAGACUCUCAACAAUGAUCCUGAUAUGGAUGCACCACAAGUUUAUGUUUAUACAGCGAGUCUAGUUUCAAUAUCUGGUGCUAUUAAGUCAUAAGGAGUUAGGGUAUUCGUCAUCCUGUCUUUCUUUUUUUUUUUGUUCCCUUACAUUUUCCAUAACCAAACAUCCUCCUUCAGUCCUACAUCAAUUCCCAGGCCUUGUCUGAUGCCCACAAGCUUCUUCACCUCAUGCCUCAACCCAGUGUAGUUUCACAUAGCACCAUCUUAUCUGAAGC